CGAUUCCGCGGGAAGGGCCCGUGGGCCUCGCACUCGAGUCUUGAGAGGUGCAAGUCUUACCCGGAGAGACACUGCACGCGGAGUCGGGGCCGCAGCCGUUCUCAGCCGGCUCUGGAGCGCGGGCGGGGGCGAUAGGGCGGAUUCGGAGCCGGACUGCUGUUUUGAAAUACUUCAAACAUGACUAAAAGAGAAGCAGAGGAGCUGAUAGAAAUUGAGAUAGAUGGAACAGAGAAACCAGAGUGUACAGAAGAAAGCAUUGUAGAACAAACCUACACUCCAGCUGAAUGUGUAAGCCAGGCCAUAGACAUUAAUGAGCCAAUAGGCAACUUAAAGAAACUACUUGAACCAAGACUGCAGUGUUCAUUGGAUGCUCAUGAAAUUUGUCUACAAGAUAUCCAGCUGGAUCCAGAACGAAGUUUGUUUGACCAAGGAGUGAAGACAGAUGGAACUGUACAGCUUAGUGUACAGGUGAUUUCUUAUCAAGGAAUUGAGCCAAAGCUAAACAUCCUUGAAAUUGUUAAACCUGCCGAAACUGUUGAAGUAGUUAUUGAUCCCGAUGCCCAUCAUGCUGAAGCUGAAGCACAUCUUGUUGAAGAAGCGCAAGUGAUAACCCUUGAUGGCACAAAGCACAUCACCACCAUUUCAGAUGAAACCUCAGAACAAGUGACAAGAUGGGCAGCUGCACUGGAAGGUUACAGGAAAGAGCAGGAACGCCUUGGGAUACCCUAUGAUCCUAUACAGUGGUCUACAGACCAAGUCUUGCAUUGGGUGGUCUGGGUAAUGAAAGAAUUCAGCAUGACUGAUAUAGACCUCACUACACUCAACAUUUCAGGGAGAGAAUUAUGUAGUCUCAAUCAAGAAGAUUUUUUUCAGCGUGUUCCUAGGGGAGAAAUUCUCUGGAGCCAUCUGGAACUUCUUCGAAAAUAUGUGUUGGCAAGCCAAGAACAACAGAUGAAUGAGAUAGUUACAAUUGAUCAGCCUGUGCAAAUCAUUCCCGCAUCUGUACAACCUGCAACACCAACUAGCAUGAAAGCUUUAAAUAGUGCAAAGGCAGCUAAAGUACCAAGAGCCCCAAGGAUUUCAGGAGAAGAUAGAAGUUCACCAGGAAACCGAACAGGAAAUAAUGGUCAAAUCCAACUGUGGCAGUUUCUGCUAGAGCUCCUUACUGACAAGGAUGCUCGGGACUGCAUUUCUUGGGUUGGUGAUGAAGGCGAGUUUAAGUUAAAUCAACCUGAACUGGUUGCACAAAAAUGGGGACAGCGGAAAAAUAAACCUACAAUGAACUAUGAAAAACUCAGUCGUGCAUUAAGGUAUUAUUAUGAUGGGGACAUGAUUUGUAAAGUUCAAGGCAAGAGAUUUGUAUACAAGUUUGUUUGUGACUUAAAGACUCUUAUUGGAUACAGUGCAGCAGAGUUGAACCGUUUGGUCACUGAAUGUGAACAGAAGAAACUUGCCAAAAUGCAUCUUCAUGGAAUCGCCCAGCCAGUCACAGCAGUGACCCUGGCUACAGCAUCUCUGCAGUCAGAAAAGGAUAAUUGAGUCUCAGCUCCUUCUGGACUCUGAAGUCUUUCUUAGAUAAUCAGAGCAAGUAUUGCUCUUACCUUUAUUACUGAAUUUGAAUCUUAUUUCUAGACUGUAAAAUCUGAUGCAUGUUUUUUUUAUAAAUAUUUCAUACUCUUGUGAAUUUGGAUCUUUUUACUUUGAGCAUAUAUUUUAGAAUAUGUGUAUGUUAAAGAAUCUCCACAAUGUUUCCAACAUGAAGGCAACAUAUUCAUUGUGGGAUAGUUGGUUAAGUCAGGAAAGCUGAACUGGUCAGUAUUAAUAUCGAACCCUACCAAAAAUAGCCAGUGGCAUCUGAAGAUGACAAGUAAGUAUCUGCAGGAAACAGUCUGGCAUACUGUUUUUAAACAGCUGUUUCCCCUGUCUGCUGCUUUGGACGUUCCUUUACGUGGAGCCAGAACAUGGAAUUCUCAUAGCUAAAGCAUGUGUGCCUGUUCCAGCUAAUCAAGCAGAGCUGAAAUACUCAUAUCAAAUAAAAUUAUAAUGAUAUUAAUAGAUUACUAAACUAAGAGUAUCAAGUUAUUAAAGUAAUUUAUAUAUUUGCAAGCAAAGACAAUAAAAAAUCCACUGUCAGAGAGUAGUGCUAAAGAAAGAGAUCCAGAUUUAAAUACGGCUUAACUCAAGCCAGCUCUAAGGAUUUGCUGUAUAGAUUAUACAUAAUGUGCGGCCAAGAAGUUAAAUUAUUUUGAGAGGCAUUUAAUUCUAAUAAACCAGCUUUACAAACAAAAAAAAGAAGAGUCUGAAGUGAUCUCUGUUUUUCCUGUCAGAGAUUUAAAAAACUAAAAAAGUAUACCUCAGCCGGAAAAGAAAAGUUUGGUUUGGUAUGGCUUUCUUUCUUUGUUUCCUUUUAUUACCUUGUAGUGCUGAUUUAUUAUGCAAGGUAGUUAUGUAUUCAUUGUACUUCUGAUGGAAUGAAGACUUUAAAUCAGUCACCUGUACUUUGCCUUUCAAAACAUUAGUAAGUUACUUUGAAAUAGUCUUAAGGAAAAAUUGCCUUCAGUACAUGAGGCAUUCUUUUUCUGCUUUGAAAUUUGUCAUUUAUUUAAUUACCUUCCUUUUGAGUAUUAUAUAUGUGUGUAUACAAAUAUCUAUACAUUUAUCAUUGCCCAUAUAUACAUAGGCAUUCAGAAGGAAAAAUAUUAAAUAGCUCAUUAAAAAUUUAGUUCACAUGUGUAUAGAUAUCUUUACUUAACAUUCGCUAACACUAAUCAAAAAUGGCUAGAUAUGUGUCUAUGUUCCUUUCCUUUUUGUUAUUUAAGGUAUGCAUUAAUCAUGAUAUGAGAGACAAGCACAUAGCUUUUCAGUCCUUUUACAGCAAAAGACUGAUUCUUAAAUAUUGCUUUUUUUUACUUUCCACAUAUUAUUUCCCAUAAAUUCUGUCGUAAAGCAACUAUGAAAGGUCAGUUAGUACUUUUGGCUAAUAAGUAAAAGACCAAGCUAGUAUGGGCAGGGUGCCUGGUAAGCCAUAGCUGUUACCAGUACUGAUGAGCAUCUUGGAAGGAACCACACAAGGCACAUCGCUUGAGAACAAGAGUCAAGGAAUCUAUGAUCUCUCUGGUAAUCUUGGAUCAUAAUUUUAAGCACUCUGCUAGAGGCCUAUAACAUAUAGCAGUUUAUUUAUAUUAUUGCAUAAAGGUCUUUAAGACUCUGUAGUAGAUAUUACCAUAAAAUAGUAAAAUUUGUCAUUUCUAUUUUUGUUUCGUUAAAAACAAAAUAGAGUGGUAUCUUAAAAUUUUGUUACAAUAUUGCAAGGAUGAGCAGGAUAGCAGUAUGAAAUAAUAUGUAGAAGCUAAAGCUUCAAAUAACAUCUGAGUAAAAAGAUUUUACAUUGUCCUCUUGUGGCUUAAGUAGUUGACAAGUAAGUCGCUGAUCGUUUAAAAAUAAUAAUGUGCUAUUCUGAUCUUAUCAAAAGGGUAAGAAUAUUGACCUUUAUUUAGAUUUUACAAUGCUUUGAGGGAGAUAUUAUAUUGUUUUAGCUAGGAUAACAUACUUUUUACACCUCAAUUAAAUUUUUUUUUAAGUAUAAGGAAUACCCAUAUUGCUUUCUAGACCCCUAACUUUGAGCUAUUAGUUUUCUCCUUUAAGCAUUCCUCAUAGACCUUUCUUAUAUGCACUAACAUUCAUCAUAAACCCUCUUCCCCCAUUGGCAGAUUUUAUUUCUUCAUUGUAAUUGGAACAGAGACAGUUUUCAUACAUGAUAGUUGCUGUCUUUUUUCUUCAUUGUUUCUCUCACAUUUUAUAUACCGUGACUUGGGAGAUUGAGUUCCUAACUGAGUCAAGAAAUCUUCAUUACAUUCUAGGUCUAACAUAUAUAAGCUAUUUCCUUUGCUCUUGUUCAGGUUAUAACUACCAGAAAGUUAAACCAUUUUCAUGUAAUGAAGAACAAAGUAUAAUUCUUGUUGACCAUUUUUGUUAUGUUUUCAUGAACAUUUUUCAGAGCAGGAGAAUUUACAAAUACAUACAAAAGAAGAAAGUACAAAUAUAUACAAAAGAAGAAAGAUCAAAUUAUCAGUCACGUUUUUGUACUUUAUGUGUACAAGAAUAAUGAAAUGUUUAUAUUUUAAAACUUGUUUUCUGUGUGAAGUUUUCAUUGAGCCAACUUUUAUGUCUCUCUCUCUAGCUGAAAGCUUGAAGCUAUGUGUUCGACUCAUAAAAUCAAGCAACUUAGCAGAAUCGCUGUGGAUAGUUAUCUUUUCAAUAAUCAACUGGCCACAUUCAUUCAUUCAUGUAUCAAACUGUCAGUUACAUUUGAUUGUUUUUAUCCCUUAAGAGGAAAACUGAAACAACAUAUUUCUUUAAAGGGUUAUACCUCCAAAUCCUUUGGGGUAGUCUUGCUGAUAUUCAUAUUCAUUACUUUAUGUUACUGCCUUUUAAAUAUAGCUAGUAUAUAUUUGAAAUAGCACAGAAUGUUUUAAAAUUCAUAAUUGCAAAACAAACCUGUGACUAACUUAAUGUCUUCAGAUAUAGAAGGUAUAAAAAAUACUGAUAUUUCAAUGAUAUUUCACUUGCUGCCAGGAGGAAAAUAUUCUCAAUUUUUUGUAAAAGGGAGAAGAACUUUUGCAUACAUUUUUACUCUUUAAAUAAAGACACUUACGCUGUCACAAUAAUAA